AUGAUGGCCUCGCUGGACGCUCUAGUGUAUCGUACACCGUCCCCGGGCUUCAGGACUCGCAUGAUCGUCAUGGUUGCCAUUAACGUAUUGUGGGUCCGAGAUUGCACGCGCCAUUCCAGAUAUCGUCACCUUUUUCUUUCUUUUUCGCAUACCCAAUUGAAUGAUUUUUCGCUUACCCAAUUGAAUGAUGGACCUUGUAGGCUCAUUAUUAGCAGUUUCGUGUACCUCGGCGUGUCCCAAUACGAGCGGCGGGCAAAGGCCCGGAGCGCCGCUGGCCCCUAUCGGACCAAGGAGCGAGCCUUUUGGCUCUUUCGCCGAGUACGCCCCCUGUUUCACGUACUGCGUGGGCCAGUUGACGAGAUAGCGCCCCGUCUGACGCUUCUUUUUAUAUCAUCUCACAUAGGUGGAUCGUCCCUCGGGCAAAGUGCUCAUUCCGAACCAACGUACCGUCGGUGUCUUCUUCAUCAUCCUCGCUGGGGUUUGCUCGAUGGGGUUCGGUCUCGACGCGAUCGAGAUGUACGUCUACCAUCGCUCAAUGUCGCAUAUCCUGAGUUGUCAGUUUGGCCCCCAUGUUGUGAGUUGCAUUCCGUCUAGUCCGAAGAUUCCUCAACCUGACGUCGGUGUGCCGCACGCAUUUGACCCGGACUAUGCAGCGAGCAUGGGUGGAUUCUCGUCUGGUCCAACUUUACCGACGUUCCUUUUGACGACGGACAAGUACUCCGGUAUCAACGUCUCAUCUCGCCUCUUCAACUUCUUCGUCAUUUCGGUGUUUGUAAUUGGAAGCGUGCUGGGCAUCGUCGCCGGCAGCGUCCACACGUAUAAAGGGACCAAUUCUGGGAGAGUUACACCCAGCUGAUGACGCUGCUCAAGUCCGAUGCCGCCGCCUAUCCGAAUGUACCUGCGCUCAACUACGACUUGGCGCAGCUACAACUUGCACGCACUCAAUGCUUGUACAACGAGUUCUGGAAGGCAGGGACCUACACUUGGGGUCCCAACAUCAUGAGUGCGCUCGCUAUGCUGGUCGUGGUGAGUCCCCAAUUCGAGCUUAUCACCGAUUCUGAUCUCACCCACUAAAGGGGUGCCCGCCCUCGCAUCAGAACUUCUUUGGAUUGUUCCUAUGUCGCACGAUGAACAGGCAGGUCGAAUUUCAAAAGUUUCAACUUUUCAGCUCAGUGGCCAUUGGCUCUGUGUGUGGCGUGAUGGAGGCUACCUGGGGCAACAUCGAUUCUAAGAGUGCUGCGUCUGGCGCCACGUGGAGGCAAAGACUUUCUUCCCUGUUUGGUGGAAAUACUUGA